CCGCCCCGGCGCGCGCCACCCGCACCUGCUGCCCGCACCCUCGCCCGCCCCGGGGUGCCGCUGCCAUGCGGCUGGCGCUGCUGUGGGCCCUGGGGCUCCUGGGCGCGGGCAGCCCGCUGCCCUCCCGGCCGCUCCCCAGGCUAGGUGGCACCGAUGAUGAGAAAGAGAAGCAGGCGAGGCCAGACGGGGCCUGGAGCGGGUCCUUGGAGGCCCUGCUCCUUCGGGACCACCUGGGGGUGAAUUCGGCAGAGGUGCUACAGAUACGCCCGCCCGAGGCCUUUCAGAUCAAUCUGGAGCUUGAUGGGGAGAAUCACAUUCUGGAGCUGCUACCAAGCAGGGAGCUGGUGUCAGAUCGUCCUACCCUGGUGUGGUACCAGCCCGAUGGCACUCGGGUGGUUAGUGAGGGACACAUUCUGGGGAACUGCUGCUACCAGGGCCUGGUGAGGGGCCAUGCACACUCCUGGGCCUCCAUCUGCAUCUGCUCUGGGCUCUGGGGUUUGGUGGUGCUGUCCCCAGAGAGAAGUUACGCUCUGGAGCUGAGAACUGGAAACCAGGGCUCUUAUCCCCGUGCAGUUCGGAUCCAUCGGUCCUUGCUGCCAGGCCGUACCUGCAUCUGGAAUGGGCAGGGGCCUGUGCCCAGCCAUUCUCCAACAGAACCACCCAGGGGACCGCAUCAUAGCCGUUGGAGGCGAGAUGUGGUGACAGAGACCAAGAUCGUGGAGCUGGUGAUUGUGGCUGAUCAUUCUGAGGUGCAAAAGUACCCGGAUUUCCAGCAGCUGCUGAACCGCUCUCUAGAAGUGGCGAUGCUCCUGGACACAUUCUUCCAGCCCCUCAAUGUCCGAGUGGCGCUGGUGGGCCUGGAAGCCUGGACCCAGCAUGACCUGGUGGAAAUCAGCCAGGACCCAGGGGUCACUCUUGACAACUUCCUGCGCUGGCGCCGGACAGACCUGUUACCCCGACUGCCCCAUGACAAUGCCCAGCUGAUGACUGCAACUGUGUUCUCUGGACCAGCAGUGGGACUGGCGGUUCAGAAUUCCAUCUGCUCCCCAGAGCUCUCAGGAGGGGUCAACAUGGACCACUCCACCAGCAUCCUGGGUGUCGCCUCCUCCAUGGCCCACGAGCUGGGCCACAGUUUGGGCUUGGGCCACGACUUGCCUGGGAAUAGCUGCCCCUGUCCAGGUCCAGCCCCUGCCAAGACCUGUAUCAUGGAAGCCUCCACCGACUUCCUCCAAGGCCUGAACUUCAGCAACUGCAGCCGCCAGGCACUGGAGAGGGCUCUGCUGACUGGGAUGGGCAGCUGUCUCUUUGCACAGGCGGCUGACCCCCACCCUAUGACCAGCAUGUGCGGGAACCAGCUUGUGGAGCCAGGGGAGCAGUGUGACUGUGGCUUCCCAGAUGACUGCACUGAUCCAUGCUGCGACUACUUCACCUGCCAGCUGAGGCCAGGGGCGCAGUGUGCCUCCCAGGGACCCUGCUGUGAGAACUGCCAGCUGCGAGUGGCAGGCGGGCAGUGCCGCCCUGCCAGAGGGGAAUGUGACUUGCCAGAAUUCUGCACCGGAGACAGCGCACAGUGCCCCCCAGACCUCGGCCUGGGGGAUGGCGAGCCAUGCGCCGAUGGUGCAGCUGUGUGUAUGCAGGGGCGCUGUGCCUCCUAUGUCCAGCAAUGCCAGGGACUCUGGGGCCCCGGGGCCCAGCCAGCAGCGCCACUCUGCCUGCAGACUGCCAAUGUACAGGGCAAUGCAUUUGGGAGCUGUGGACGCCACCCCAAUGGCACCUACAUGGCCUGCACGCCCAGUGAUGCCAUCUGUGGGCAGCUUCAAUGCCAAGGGGGCGGGGUCCAGCCUCUGCUGGGGACGGCUCAGGAGCUUCGCUGGGAGACCCUGGAAGCCAAUGGCACCCGGUUCAACUGCAGUCGCGUGCGCCUGGACCUGGGUGGUGAUGUGAUGCAGCCACUCCUGGCUCUACCCGGCACCACCUGUGGCCCUGGCCUGGUGUGCAUCGACCGGCGGUGCCAACCUGCCAGCCUCCUGGGAGCACAGGAAUGUCGCAGAAAAUGCCAUGGACAUGGGGUUUGCAACAGCAAUGGCGACUGUCACUGUGAGAAGGGCUGGGCACCCCCGGACUGCGCCACCCAGAUCAGAGCAACUGGAUCCCUAACCACAGGGCUGCUCCUCAGCCUCCUGCUACUGCUAGUCCUGGUGCUGCUUGGUGCCAGCUACUGGCAUCGUGCCCGCCUCCGCCAGCGGCUCUGCCAGCUCAAGGGGCCCAGCUGCCAAUACAGGGCAGCCCAACCCACACCCCCGGAACGCCCAGGACCCCCUCAGAGGACUUUGCUGAUGCCAGGUGCCAAGACUAGCACUGGAGGCUUUCCCGCCGCCCCCUCCAGGCCGCUGCCUCCUGACCCUGUUCGCAAGAGACUCCAGCGGUGCUCAUCACUCUGGGACCAGGGUGCCCCUCCGCCUUCAGACACUCUGAACCCCAGAAACUGCCAAGGGCUGAGUUGGUGGAUCGACCCAAUCCCCCUAACCGCCCUCUGCCCGCUGACCCAGUGUUGAGGCGCCCCAAGGUAAUAGUGAGUGAGGGAGAGAGAAGGGCACAGCCUCUCCCCCAUCUAGGCUUGUCAUGCUGGUGGCCGUGGCGGUGGUGACCGUGGUUAGAUAUCCCCUGUGUGCCCAAGGGCACCUACCCCCAGUGGUUUCUCGAGUGGUGAAAGGUUUGUUCAGAGACAGUGGUGAUCGCUGGUGCAGCCCACACACUCGGCUGGUGUUCCCCAGCACCAGGGCAGGGGUGGCUACAUGACGGCGCACCCCUGCGCUCUCUCUCUCUCUCAGUGCGAAGGGCCUACCAAGCCUCCACCCCCAAGGAAGGCACUACCCACUGGCCCCACAAGCAGGUGCCCUUCUGGGGAUGCGCCCGGCCCAGAAGCAGGAUUUCCACCUUCAGUAAUACCUUCC